GUCGUCGUCUUCAUCCUCUUCUUCUCAGGUUUCAGUUUCUCGGCGGACGCCGUAGCCGGAGGAUCGAGAAAUCAUGCCACAAUGCUGCCUCAAUCCCCUCAAAUCAUUGGUUCUGUUACCAUAACACUGCUGAAAUUGUAUGCAAACGUUCUCCACAUUGACAGGUUUUGGGUUAAGUUGUCGGGGAAGCAAUGGAUCCUCCACCGGAACCAGUCAGCUACGUCUGCGGAGAUUGCGGAAUGGAGAAUACUUUGAAGCCGGGUGAUGUGAUUCAGUGCAGAGAGUGCGGGUACCGCAUCCUGUACAAGAAGCGAACUCGCCGAAUCAUCCAGUAUGAGGCUCGUUGAAGGAGCAUGCAGAAACCGGCACAGUGAAGCUCGUAUUCUCUACCUAAUCGUGACCUUGGUGGUGGUCCUUAGUAGGUUUAGCAUCAUUCGUGUCUAAUCUAUGAGUCACAUAUGAAAGAAUGUUUCUGAGCGUAUCGUUGACUGUGAAUCUUAAGGAACAUAAAGCCGGAUCCCGUUUACUUCUUUUAUCUUCAUUUCUGAAGUUGCAGAGAUUUCAAUUGCAAGUUUUCCCCUAAGGCCUUUGCAGAUUAUGAAGACAAGCUGAGAUUGGCCAUGAGUAUGUAGUCAUAUAUAUAUUUAUGUAUUAUUGUUUAUAUAUAUAUAUGUUUAUGUAUCAAAAAAAUAUAUAUUCUAUCU